CACAGUGGAAUAAGCGCCACAUUUUUGCUGCGCGAGAUUAUAUUUUGGCGUUUUCUGUGUCCUGCAUUAGCAAAAGAGAAUUAAAGGCACAGAUCAGGAAUAACUGGGAUGCACCAUGAGUUUAUUUGGCCAAAGCUCCGGGUUUGGAACAGGAGGGACAGGUGUCUUUGGAAGCACAACGACAGACAGCCACAAUCCCAUGAAGGAUGUUGAAGUGACAUCACCACCAGAUGACAGCAUUAGCUGUCUGGCCUUCAGCCCCCCCACCAUGCCGGGGAACUUCCUCAUCGGUGGAUCGUGGGCUAAUGAUGUCCGAUGCUGGGAAGUGCAGGACAACGGACAGACUGUCCCCAAAGCCCAACAGAUGCACACAGGUCCAGUGCUGGAUGCAUGCUGGAGUGAUGAUGGGAGUAAAGUCUUCACUGCUUCCUGUGACAAGACAGCCAAGAUGUGGGAUCUUAACAGCAAUCAAGCAAUGCAGAUUGCACAGCAUGACGGCCCAAUCAAAGCGAUCCACUGGAUUAAAGCCCCUAACUACAGCUGUAUCAUGACUGGCAGCUGGGACAAAACACUGAAGUUCUGGGACACUCGCUCUCCCAAUCCCAUGAUGUCUCUGCAGAUGCCAGAGAGAUGUUACUGUGCAGAUGUUGUGUACCCCAUGGCAGUGGUUGCCACAGCUGAAAGAGGCCUGAUAGUGUACCAACUGGAGAACCAGCCCUCUGAGUUCCGCAGAAUAGACUCUCCUCUUAAACAUCAGCACCGCUGUGUUGCCAUAUUCAAGGACAAGCAGAACAAGCCAACAGGCUUUGCACUGGGAAGCAUUGAGGGACGAGUUGCCAUCCACUACAUCAACCCUCCGAACCCAGCCAAAGACAACUUUACCUUCAAGUGCCACAGGUCCAAUGGAACUAACACAACCACUCCACAGGACAUCUAUGCUGUGAACGCCAUCUCCUUCCAUCCUGUCCACGGCACCCUGGCCACUGUGGGCUCAGAUGGACGCUUCAGCUUCUGGGACAAAGACGCCCGCACCAAGUUGAAGACCUCGGAGCAGCUCGACCAGCCCAUUACGGCAUGCUGCUUCAACCACAAUGGCAACAUCUUUGCAUAUGCUUCCAGUUACGACUGGUCGAAGGGCCAUGAGUACUACAACCCCCAGAAAAAGAACUACAUCUUCCUGAGGAACGCCGCAGAGGAGCUGAAGCCUCGGAACAAGAAAUGAUUCAUCGUGCCAAGUCGCAUCUCUUGUGGGGAAAUGCGGAAGACCUGCUGCUUUAGUGUGUGUAUACGCUCAAGACAGACUCCUUCCUUUCGGCAAACACCUGGACCAAUGCCACGGUGCGUUCUGUGCAUGGACCAAUCAGAGGGGCCCACCCAACCUGGCGUUGAUGACAACUCUGUGACAAUUGGUCUUAUUGGUCAUCAUAGAAGGGGAGGGAUUUAUUUGUCAUUCAUAUUGAUGUUUGGAUUUUUUUUUUUUAUGUGUCCAGCUCCUCAUUUUUUACAGCCUUCCAAAGACUCUUCAUUCUCUUUUGAUUUGCUGUUACUCCAUGGCCCCAUUCAUGAAACCUGGAUGUAAAAUAAAUAACUAAGUGCAUACUCAUAGAUUUGAACAUUUAUUCUCACUUAAGGGAGAAAAUAGGGAUAAAGAAAUAACAUGUUGCGUUGGCUGUACUGUUUGUUGGGGGAUUCUCAGAACUGUAUUAUGCAUGUUAAACCAUAAAAGUGACCUCUAUCUCAUAUUUCAGUUGUACAAACUCUUCAUCAUGUGGGUUCCUGAACAUGGAAAUGAUCACAAAGUCAAAAAA